AUGUCUGGUCAUCCAACUGAUGAGAAAUCAACCCAGGAAUGGGAGGAGGGCAUUGAUCAAGCCAUAGGGAUGUCUCUGGCAGCAGCCUAUGUCCCUGGCUGUGACGCUGAGAAAAAAUUACUUCGAAAACUAGACUUCCGCAUUAUCCCAUGCUGCUGGAUACUCUUUGUGAUGGGCUACCUCGAUCGCGCCAACAUUGGAAACGCAAAGACUGGAGGCCUUGCUGAUGAUUUCAACCUAACAUCCAAUCAAUACUCAGUCAUUCUGUUGUUGUUCUUCGUCUCUUAUGUCAUCUUCGAGAUUCCAUCAAAUAUGGUCAUUGCCCGAGUGCGGCCAUCCCUGUAUCUUUGUGGUCUAGCUUUGGUAUGGGGGGUGGUCGCUAGUUUCAUGUCUCUGACAAAGAAUUGGCAGCAACUCGCUGGGGUCCGCUUUGUCCUUGGGUUUGUUGAAUCAGGCUUUGCCCCAGGUAUUGCAUUCUAUCUCUCAUCAUGGUACCGUCGAUAUGAGCUUGCCAGUAGAUUUGCGGUUUACUAUACUGCCGUUCCAAUUGCAGGAGCGCUUUCGGGACUACUGGCUGGCGUCAUCACCGAAUAUCUUGAUGGGGCGCGUGGAAUAGCUGGAUGGAGAUGGCUAUUUAUUAUUGAAGGCUGUGGUUCAACUUUUGUUGGUUGUGUACUCUGGUUCUUCAUGGCUGACUACCCUUCAAGCACUCGUUGGCUUACUCCUGAAGAGCAGCUCCUCGCUGCACAACGUCUUGCCUAUGAUGGUCUGGGUAACGCCCAAAGUGCCCAUGGAAGAAUCACCGAGAAGGAAGCUCUUAAGAUGGUAGUGACAGAUUGGAGAACCUGGAUACUCGCUCUCCUUUAUGCCCUUGUGACAGGGGCGCAAACUAUCCAGUAUUUCAUCCCAACAUUGGUGGAAUCUUUUGGCUGGAAGGACUGGGAAGGGCAAUACCAUACAAUUCCACCUUAUGCUUGCGCUGUCGUCUCCAUUUUGGUCAUGUCAUUCACCGCUGACCAUUUCAAAAACAAAUCCUACUUUGUCUCUCUCUUUUCCGGCAUUGGGACUGUGUUUUUCAUCAUCGUCUGUGCGAACACUAACAACACCGUGCGCUACAUUUUUAAUACCUUUGCUUUUGGGUGCAUCUAUGGAACUUCUCCAUUGGUGCUUAUGUGGGUAGCCAAUACCAUCUGCUACCCUGCUGAAAAGAGAGCUGUUGCCAUUGGGCUUGUGAAUGCUCUCGGGAAUACAGCUUCUAUUUAUGGUGUGUUCUUGUGGCCAGAUAAGGAUGCCCCUCGUUAUAUCCCUGGGUUCAGUGCGACUACCAUCUGGAUGGGUGGUAUCUGUAUCAUUGCCCUAGUUGCAGGUUAUUUCUUUAAGAAGCACCCCAUUGAAGCGCCGGAACCGGAGGACGUGAUAGCAGCGGAAAUUCGCAGACAGCGGGAACGAGGACAGAUUGCUGCCAAGGCAUGA